CCUAUCAUGAUGAUGAAUACGACAGGAUUCCAUGCAAACUUUGCUCUGGGCCAACUGCAGCAACAGUCGUGCGUGUAAGAACUGCCAUUAUUUCUUUUUGCCUUAACCCAGGGAGUAUACUGGGCCCGGUCAGGCAAGAUUCUGAACCGAACCACCAGUGGCAGGCGCGCAAUCGUCCAGGCUCUCUUUACUCACUCUUCUAUCCUUCCUCGUUUCAGAGCAAUCCGUGCUAUCCAUCGUCCACACUUGACGUCCCAUCAUCUCACACGAACUUUGGUAUAUUCUUCCUCAAUGCAAAUGCCCCCAGCUUCAUCUGCGGCCACCGCUGAGUCCGCCACACGAGAGGUGACCAUGGAAGUAACCGGCGCUGCCGCAGUGCUACAGCCUGGGCGAACUCUUAGGCCAAGAGCUGCGAAGACGCAGAAGAUGGUGCCAUCUGUUACGAAAACAGAACAAGGCGACGAACCGGAUAAAAACACCCUUGAGGAAGAGGAGGAGCACAGAAUGAAGACUCCUAAACCUCGUCGUGCGACUGUCCUACGGAACAAUAAGAAAGCGGCGCUUAAGAGAAACACGAAAGUCACUUGCCCUGGCUCGGAUGAAGAUUUUACAUUGCUUAAGACAAAGAGACAGUCCAAAGGAACCGGGCCUAGGAAUCGAAAAGCUCCUGUAGAUGGUGCAGAGUCUUUGGAUGAGCAACCUCCAAAGAAGAAACGUAAGCGUGCCUCUAAAGCAGAGCCCGUAUAUGUCAUUCCUGAGGUUGAGACAAAGGAGACCACGUUUCGUGGGCGUCUGGGGUACGCUUGCUUGAACACCAUUUUGCGCAACAGGAAGCCUGCAGACGAGGCAGUAUUCUGCUCACGGACCUGUCGCAUUGAUACAAUCAAAAAGAACGGCAUAGAGUGGGCCAAGGACCUUGGUCGACGAAAUAUUGAGGAUAUGCUCAAAAUAAUUCAGUGGAACGAAGAAAACAAUAUACGCUUCAUGAGACUAUCAUCCAACAUGUUUCCAUUUGCAUCACACGAACUUUAUGGGUAUUCCCUAGACUAUUGUGCCCCCGUUCUAGCCCAGGUUGGCGCCCUGGCAAACAAAUAUGGCCACCGACUCACGGUUCAUCCGGGCCAAUUCACUCAGUUGGGCUCUCCUAGGGACUCAGUGAUCAAAGCCGGCAUUCGCGAGCUUGAGUACCACGCGCAGAUGCUCAACCUCAUGGGCAUUGGACCUGACGGCGUCAUGAUUAUCCACGGGGGAGGGGUCUACGGUGACAAAGAGGCAGCGCUGGCUAGGAUUCGCAAGACAGUCAAGGAGGACCUUCCUAAAGACGUCAGAGACCGCUUAGUUUUAGAAAAUGAUGAACUUUGUUACAAUGCUGCAGAUCUGCUACCGAUAUGCGAAGAGUUGGACAUCCCACUCGUCUUCGACUAUCAUCACGAUGUGCUCUAUCCAUCUCCUGAUCUCACUCCCUCGGAUAUUAUUACACGUACCAACAUGAUUUUCGCCAGGCGCGGCAUCAAGCCUAAGCAGCACUUGAGCGAACCUCGUGAAGGCGCCGUCACAGUCAUGGAACGUAGAGCACAUGCGGAUAGAUGCCAGAGGCUACCUGAGGCCCUGCCAGAUGACAUGGAUUUGAUGAUUGAGGCUAAAGACAAGGAGCAAGCUGUCCUUCACCUAUAUCGCCUAUACAAUCUACAGCCCGUUAUUCAUUCAUCACUUCGACCCCCUGCUGACACUCACAGCAAGGAAACCAAAGGCCGCAAGUCUCGCAGGAAGACCCUCUCCGACAAGGAUCCUACUGAAGGAGACCGAGCACUAGACGCCGAUACUGACGCCCUUGGGACGGGUUUUAGUAUAGAAGGAGAUGACGAAUAUGACUGAGGGGUUCCUACGACUCGCGAUGAUCUCGGGCGAAUUCUGUAAAGUGAGGUCAAUGUCGAUGUGUUGAACAUCAUCGUUCCAUGUUGCAGUUGAGCGUAUCACCAUCCAGCGUUGACGGCGAGGCUGUCACUAUCCUAUCGUGCAGUGUGUUGGCAUUUAGAAUUGCGCAUCUCUGUCAGCAGCUUGAGGAGAGUUUUGUCCAUCUCUCAUGCUGCGCAGUGCUCCACGUCAUUGCGUUAAUGUGCCAACAUUUACACAAGAAGUUGCUGUUAUGGAAUGUACCGCCAGUCAUGCACCGACCGUCUGUAAGGGCACUCCACAUAAUGUCCCUAGAGUCAUGGACGCACUUUGAUUCAAGUCACCAUUGGAUCCACUGGUCGGGCAACAUAUGGGC